AGGCCCUUGUACGUAUCCCACCAAUUAGCCCAAAUAUGAAGUUUCGGAUCAAAAUCAACUGACACGUACACGACUUCCAAAACUGAAUGUGCUGCUGACAUGACAAAACUCCAUUAAAGCUCCUUCUUCACCUUCCCACCAACUACUCAUCUUCCUCUAGUGCUGGUGUAACUUGCAAACGUAAAAAUGGGAGACGAAAAGGAUGCAUUUUAUGUGGUACGCAAAGGGGAUGUGAUCGGUGUAUAUAAGAACUUGAGCGAUUUGCAGGCUCUCUUACGAACAUCUGUUGGAGAACCAGCAAUAAGUGUUUUUAAAGGGUAUCGCUUGGCUAAGGAAUCCGAAGAGUAUCUGGCCUCUCAUGGACUUAAGAAUGCAAUGUAUUCUAUGGAUUUCAGCGAUGUCCGAGAUGAUCUUUUUGGGACCCUUAUUCCAUGCCCAUUUCGGCAACCAGGCUCUUCGAAAGAUAAAGUGCUCGGGAAGAAUUUUCAGGAAAAGAGGAUGCAGCUGGAGGUGGUGGCAUCUCCUUCGUUUGCAGCUGCUGGUCAGCAAAAACAUGCCAAAUUAGACAAUUUCCUAGAUGUUCCUCCACUUGCUUCAUAUUCUUCCCCUUACAUGCAGUGUUCAUGCAUUCUUGAGUUUGAUGGGGCUUCAAAAGGGAAUCCUGGUCUAGCUGGUGCUGGGGCUGUGUUACGUGCUGCAGAUGGAAGUAUGGUUUUCCGGUUGCGUGAAGGUGUGGGUGUGGCAACUAACAAUGUUGCUGAAUACAGAGGCGUAAUCUUAGGGCUAAGAUAUGCUCUUGAGAAAGGUUUCAAACACAUUAAAGUUAAGGGCGACUCAAAACUUGUCUGCAUGCAGACUCAAGGAAUCUGGAAAUGUAAGAACCAGAAUAUGGCUGAGCUAUCCAAGAUUGUCAAAGAGCUUAAAGAUCAGUUUAUGUCAUUCCAAAUCAACCAUAUGGACAGAGAAUCCAACACUGAAGCCGAUGCGCAGGCAAAUUUAGCUGUUUAUCUCAAGAAUGGCGAAAUUCAAGUGGAAUGUGACAUGAUAACUUAAUAAUGUUGACCAACUACCUCAACUUGUUGAGAUUUUUGGAAGGAUGAAUGACCCCUCUAGACAGACGAUGCAAUGGUUUUUCAGUGGUCUAAAACCAUGUCUUGUAACAUGUAGAUAUAUGAUCUGAAUUAUGUGCAUUCAACCUAAUUAUGUAUCCAGAUUGGAGUAGCUUUUGCUGUAACCUGAUUUGCAAAGAAAAUUGGUUGGGGGACAAGUGGCAGGUUUCUUCCUUUAAAGUAGUGUUCUAGCACAUUGAAACCUCUGCGUAACUUGUACUGUUGUCCAGUAUGACAAGUUAAAAUUAGUUGGCUUACAAGUGA